AUGGCCACUCUUCGCUUGUUGCUGCCUCUUUCCGUGGCCGCUGGGAUUGGCUUCUUCGACGACUUUCCUGCAUUUCAUGUGCGGCCACCUUCGAACUGGAUCAACGACCCGAAUGGGCCGUUCCGCGACCCCGUCACCGGCAUGGUCCAUCUCUGGAUGCAGUACAAUCCCCACGGCGCAGACUGGGGUAGCAUGUCGUGGUACCACACGGUGAGUCGUGACUAUGUCCACUGGCAGAGACUCGGGCCGACGGAGGCACUGACCUUCAACCCGGCGAAGUACCCGUAUGCGAGCGGCGGAUUUUACUCCGGCUCGGUUACGCUGGUGAAUGGCAGUGUCCCGGUGAUCCUCUACACGUGCGUGAGCAGCAAAGGGCAAGUCCAGUGCGCCGCUUGGCCAAAGGAUCCUGGGGAUCCUUUGCUGUACGAGUGGCAGGAGGAUCCGAAGAACCCGAUCAUCUCGGAGUUUCCAGAGCACGUCGUUAGCUCCACGACCUUCCGAGAUCCCACCACGGCCUUGUGGGAUAAGAAGCGCCAACGUUACCUCGCUUUCAUGGGUGCCAGCCUGCUGCGGGAGGACCCAUACCAGCCGCAAACGGCGACGGUGGUGGGCUAUUCGGGGGACGCAGCCUUCAAGGACUGGAAGUUUGACAGCGUAAUCUUUGAAGAUCGCUAUGUGCCCCUCGGAAUGUUCGAGUGCCCGGACCUUUUUGAGCUGCCGGGGGGAGUUUGGGUGCUGAAAGUUUCCACCAUGGUUGUGACUGUGGACUACUACCGCCUUGGUGUCUUCGACUGGGACACCAGGAAGUUUCUGCCCAACGGCAGCGCUGUACCGUUGGACUAUGGCGAUCACUACUAUGCCUCCAAGUC